AGGAACAACAGCAAGGAUUGACUGCAACGAGAAAACAAAAGUUUUGGAAAAAAAAAAGAAACCUGAUGUGACUGACUACAGACGUUUAUUGAGUUCAAAAGGACGUGCCGUUUCAACUGCUGUUGAAGUAAGUUCAAGGACAUGUCGCAGCGGGCAGAUGCCUCCCAGUGUGGUGGGGUCAUGGUCGAGUUUGAGUCUGACAACAUCCGGGAUGCAAGAGCUGAAAAAGCUACACGUAUACCAGGUUCAGCUCUUAUCUACCUCAGGGGUCCCAAGUUUCUCAUCUAUGUCAGUGGAGCAUUAUCAAUGUGGGGCGACCGCAUGUGGCACUUCGCAAUCUCUGUGUUCCUGAUUGAACUGUACGGCCGUAACUUGCUGUUGACUGCGGUGUUUGGAUUGGUGGUGGCUGGGUCAGUGCUCAUGUUUGGGGCUUUGAUUGGAGACUGGGUUGAUCGCAAUCCUAGGAAUAAAGUUGCACAUGCAUCUCUUUUCGUUCAGAACAUCUCGGUGACGAUAUGUAGCAUUGUGCUCAUGUUGGUGUUCUCAUACAAGCAAAGGAUUGAACAGAUCUGGGAUGGAUGGCUUACUGUGGUUUGUUAUACGGUGGUGAUCGUCCUGGCAGAUGUGGCAAACCUUGCAAGCACAGCACUGACCAUUGCCAUUCAGAGGGACUGGAUUGUGGUCAUCACAGGCUACAACCGAGGUCACCUAGCGGGAAUGAAUGCAACCAUGAGGCGGAUAGAUCAGGUGACUAACAUCCUGGCCCCACUAGCAGUGGGACAGGUCAUGACCCUUGCCUCCAACGUAGUUGGCUGUGGAUUCAUCCUGGGCUGGAACCUGGUGUCUCUAAUUGUGGAGUUCUUCUUCUUGUCACGGGUUUAUCGCAUCGUCCCUGCUCUGUCAGCCAAACCACCAUCGGUUGCAGUGGAUCAAGCAUAUCUCCUGAGGAUAGAGAGGAAAAGGUUACAAGGAGAAGGCAAUGUUGCGCGACCUCAGGCUCUGACAGAGGGCAACUGCAACUCAAGCUUGCACCUCAAGGAAAUCACCGAUCUGCCGCUGUGUUUUCGGAGGUUCCGCUGGCUGGUGAGCACCUGUAAAGAUGGCUGGAUGGCCUACUAUCGUCAACCUGUUUUCCUCGCAGGAAUGGGUCUGGCUUUCCUUUACACCACAGUGCUUGGGUUUGACUGCAUCACCACUGGCUAUGCCUAUACUCAGGGGAUAAGCGGAUCUCUUCUUAGUCUGCUGAUGGGCGUGUCAGCCAUCACAGGCUUGAUGGGCACUGUAAUGUUCACCAGGCUGAGGAAGGCCUAUGGCCUGGUUAACACAGGCAUCAUCUCAAGCUGCCUCCACCUGGGCUGCUUGCUGCUGUGCGUGUGCUCUGUGUUUGCCCCUGGCAGCCCCAUGGAUCUCAGCUUGCUGAUGCCCGACAUUACUUCCAAUUCCUCUACAGCGCUUGGUGGGAUGACAGGCCAAAGGCAAAAACACACAUACCCUACGAUGGGAGGCAGCAAUCAGCCACUUCUACCCGACCGCUCUUCUAUCCACUGGACCAACAACACGGUGCUUUUUGACAAUGUCCCCUCUGGCACAGCUCCAGAAUCUUACAUCUCCAUUAUUCUGCUGUUCUUGGGUGUCAUUACAGCGCGCAUUGGUCUCUGGUCCUUUGACCUGACUGUGACUCAGCUUCUGCAGGAGAACAUCUGUGAAUCAGAGAGAGGAGUGGUUAACGGGGUGCAGAGCUCCAUGAAUUACCUGAUGGACCUGCUUCACUUCAUUAUGGUGAUCUCUGCUCCGCAGCCACAACACUUUGGCAUCCUAGUUAUAAUUUCUGUGUUCUUCAUCACCACGGGGCACACUAUGUACUUCCUGUAUGCACAUAAAGCCAAGAGAAAACGCCGCCUCGACACAUAAGGAGCAGCUCACACAUCCAGGCAUGAGAUGCUCACUAGCACUGAAUCCACUCUGCACCAGUGAAAUGAAUGUCUCCCUCCUGAUCCUUCAGCAAACUAAUUGCAACACUAACUGUUUCUAACUUAGCCAUUCAUUUCAGCACAACACAGCAAGUGCCAACCCCACCUCAGCUGCUUUCACACUGCAGGGCCAUGUGCCGUGGCAGCAAACGAGAACUCAGGUGAAGUAGAGUGGGAGACAAGCUCUCGCUUUAUGUACAUAAGUCGAAGUGGCUACCAUAAAUGCUGCCUCCAGGGGACACAAAGGUUACGACUCAAGGCACCAACAAAUGUUUUUGCCAACUGUGCAGGAUUACUGGAAGACUUUCAAACAAGACGGUGAACUUCAUAGCUUUUUUGGAUGGGAAGGUGAAUGAACAGAGAGAUGAAUCUAACCAUCACCUCAGUACAGAUCUGCUGCUGUGAAAAAAUCCUGAACGUGACACAUGAAAAUAAAGACAAGACAAAGCUGUACAUUUUCAAGUGGCAUUGAUGUUACUGAUCCGUCCACUUGGAAAUACUCCAGGAUGUCCAAAAAGGAAGAUAAAGGGAACUUGAUGUGAGAUUGUUUCAAAGAUUGUUUAAAAAAAAAGGAAAGAAAAAAAAAACCCCUGAAAGGCAACCCCCCCCCCCCCCCCCCCCCCCUACACACACACACACACACACACACACCCCUUUUAUUGGACAAAGGUGAAAGGACAAAAGUGUUUCUUCCCCUGGUUUGUUUCUCUGUGGAUGAAUCAAGCAAACAUUUGUCUUUCUUUCAUGCAUGCAAUCCUGGAUUAUGAAUUACAACACAAACGCACACACAAAUAUUUUAUUCUAAUUGCUUGUGUAUUUAGAAAAAUUAAAAUAAAAACAUACUUUCUUGUCAUCUCAUAUAAAGAGUGAUAUUAAUAGUUUUAUAGAAAUCCAAAACCACCAAUCUUCAUUUUGGGACAUGUUUGAAAUCAGUGAUAACUACAUGUUGAUAACUGCCAUUAGGAAUAUUGUUUGACAGUUUGCUUCAUUCUUUUGUAGUUCUGAAGAACUAAACAUUUCCUUACCUCAGCUAAGAGCAAGACCACUGAAUCCAACAUGGGGAUUACCCUCAGCUACUGCGUGUUUUCAUAUCUCAUUCAUGUACAGUGGAGACAAUAUCAAAGUUGAAUCUUUUGUCAUAAAAUAGCAUCACAUCUCAGUAUUUUUGUAACAUUUUUCUUGUGACAUUUCUGUAUUGUACAUUGUCAUUUUUAAGACUAUUCAUGACAAUAAAGAUGACUGACGAAGA